AUGGCGCGUCAUUCUCGCCCGGCUGGGCCUGACAAUGAAGGGAGCAAAAGCCAGAGCAAUGUUAUCUCCGUCCUGGAUGCCAUAGCGGCCCUGGAGGUCAGCUAUUCAGACAGCGGGUAUGAAAGCAGCGCUGCCAGCGAGGAUGAAGAUGACGACGAGGGUCAACUUCCCGCCGAACACUAUCUCGCCCUGGCUGAGAGUCUUGAUAUCACCCAGCUUCGACAGAAGCGCAGGUAUUGUCGGCACAUCAAGGCUAACGCGGCGAAGAAAUGGAGCGAGAUCUCAGACUCAGACCAGACUGUUCGCUUCCUGUAUUCAUUCCUUAGUUGGCGAUGCGAUAUCCGCCAUGGCAAGGACAACCGUCACUGUCCGGGCAUCAAACGCAAGAGCUCAUUGGAGACAUUUUGGAAGUGGUGGCACCUUGUCCUCAAACAGGAGACAGCGUCCGGACUCAGCAAAGAUACGAUUGUCAAGGUGGAAGAUGCACAGGUGGCCAAGGAGAAGGAGCUGGAGCUCGUGGGGCGGCCAAAGAAGAACAUGUACAUUGAAGAUGUUGCUGAGUUCGCCCGUGUCGUCCUCACCACCACAGAGAUGACAUUUGUCUGUGGCUGGCAGCGCAUUCAAUUUCUGUUGUUCCUGCAGCUUGCAGCCAUCAUCGCCAGCCGUCCGUCGGCGCUCCUCCACCUUCGGUAUCGAGACAUCGUCCUAACCCUGAUCCGAGACCCCGACGGUGGACGCCCCUGGCUGUUCAUAUACUUAAAGCCAGAAUUUACAAAAAGAUUCCUGGGAGAUAAGGCGCCGAACGAGUUUAAAAUUCCCGAGAUCAUCUUUGAUCCAACUCUGGUUCUCAGUCCGCAUGUCACCUUGCUGACUAUGCUCUUUCAUAUCAAAGGCUUCAAGUCAAUUUCGACCACUGGGCCGGUGUUGGAUUCGGCAGAAAAACUCUACAGUGUCAACGUGCUGGAGGGAAAGGGAGAGCAGCGGCUACUACUACAGGAUGAAUUUCUGGAUAAGUUUGUGUUUUGCCAGACAGAGCCAACGCCCACUGGAUUUCAAAUUUGCUUGGACUGGAUGUUGACUGCAGCCGUGGUAAGAUCCCGCAUGCGUAGGGCUGGUGAGAUCACAGGCUUUGAGGAGGUCGCCCACCCGCACAAUCUCCGAUAUGCUGGAGCUAAGGCUUUUAACAACAGCGCAGAGGAAGUUUCGGAGGCUCUCCAGAACGUCAUGCUCCAGCACGCGGAUAUCCGCACCUUUGUCAAACAUUACCAGGUGGAUGUCGACGUCGACGUCCAGGGCAUCGUCCGGAAAACAGGCUCCCAAACAGCGUUGGUGCGAUUUGCCUGCUCAAUGAGUGCGUCAAUCGACCCCAACCGGCCGUAUAAGCUCUCUCCUGAAGAAUCGCGAUCCCUCAAUAACCUCCCAAUUGUCCUUGCCCGGCAGGAUACGGUCAAGAAGCGCAAGCAGGAGUUGGAGGAUCGCGAAGCUGAGCUGGAACGUGUCAACAAGGUGUGCAAGACUGCUUUUGGGCACCUUGACGACAAAGCGCUCGCCGAGUCCCACCCUGAGGUGCUGGAGAAACUGGAACUUUUCCGCGAUCGGGCAGCAGAAGCGGGUCAGAGCACCGCCGGGCUGUGCAACGAGCAGCCUGUGAUUGACCUUGAACGACAACUGGCCGGGAAGCUGGUGGAUACCAAAGUCAUGGACACCUUUGGGCAGGGAGGCUUCAUGCCUCCUGAGCACCUGGUGUUUGUGGACCGCGUGCUGGCCAUGCCGGGCACCACCCUUGAAGCAGAAUACCAGAGGCGAAUCAACACAAUCAACGCAGGGGUUGCAUUCUGUGGUGUGGAAGAAGGACGACCGUCGCGCCGGUCCACCCAGUCCCACGGACGGCCGGUGCCUGAUGAUGAUGAUGAUGAUGACAUCUCCCCUCCAACCAAGCGGCAGCGGCGCUUGACAGAGGACGAUACCGAAACUGUUUUGCGCAAAGCAAUGGACUCCGUGCGGAUUGACCCACGAAUGGACUCACAAAAAGAGCAGCGGCCUCGGGUCUGCUUUCUCUGCGUUGGGAAUCCUAAUUGCUCGCUCAAGGACCGGAUCAAGGAAUACGCAACGCCCGGAUCACUCACGAGGCAUUUCCUUCGAAGGCACGUGAACCCUCCAUGGCCUGCUAACGGGAUUGAGUGCAAUGUUUGUGAGAGGGAGGUGCUCCCGGCCAAAUCUUCUCUUUUGAACCACGCAGAGACUGCCCAUGGAACUGUUGUGCGGGGCCGCAUUCAGGAGACACUAGCAUUUCAAUAA